AUGAAGAGCGUUAUUAUUGAGAAUGGGUUAAUACACACACCCAAAUCUACAGGGGAACUUCAGCUGCUAAAUAUGCUAAUGAUGAGCUGCACAAAACGAUUGAUGGUGCUCGGCCUAAGUUUCCUGGUGGUAGCACUAGUACAGGCCGAAUCUGACAACGUCUAUGUGAGACCUUACGCGUGUUAUAAUGUAUUUGGAGGAUGUUUAGACCCUUCAAGUCAGCAAGAUGCCAAAGAGGCGUGCAAACAUGAAACUUACUACCUUAAGAAGGAUUUAUCUUCGUGUGAGCGCUACUUCAGAUGUACCAACCUCGGUCCUGACCUCGCCUACUUCUGUCCGUACGGUUACAGCGCUGACCCACAGGGCUAUUACUAUUGCAGAUUCGACUACGGUUGUCGGGCAUCGACAGCUGCACCUUCCUCGACGGCAGAUGCGACAACUGAUUCAGAAACGACAGGUGUUACAAGUGAAUCUAUGACAACUGAAUAUGUUACGGAAGGUUCGACAACUGAGUCUAUUACGGAAGGUGUGGCAACUGAGUCUAUUACGGAAGAUGUGACAACUGAAUCUGUUACUGAAGAUGUGACAACUGAAUCUGUUACCGAAGAUGUGACGACUGAAUCUAUUACUGAAGAUGUGACAACUGAAUCUGUUGCUCAAAGUGUGACAACUAAAUCUCUUACUGAAAAUAUAACAACUAAAUCUGUUACUGAAGAUAUUACUUCUGAAUCUGGUACUGAUUUAACGACUGAAUCUGUAACCGAAGAUGUGACAACCGAAACUGCUACUAAAGAUGUUACAACUGAAUCUAUUACUGAUGUUACAACUGAAUCUGUUACUGAAGAUGCAACAACUGAAUCUAUUACUGAUGUUACAACUGAAUCUGUUACUGAUGUUACAAUUGAAUCUGUAACUGAAGAUGCAACAACUGAAUCUAUUACUGAUGUUACAACUGAAUCUGUUACUGAAGAUGCAACAACUGAAUCUAUUACUGAUGUUACAACUGAAUAUGUAACUGAAGAUGUUACAACUGAAUCGAUUACUGAUGUUACAACUGAAUCUGUUACUGAAGAUGCAACAACUGAAACUACUACUAAAAAUGUUACAACUGAAUAUAUUACUGAUGUUACAACUGAAUCUGUAACUGAAGAUGUUACAACUGAAACUGUAACUGAAUAUGUUACAACUGAAUCUGUUACCGAUGUUACAACUGAAUCUGUAACUGAAGAUGUUACAACUGAAUCUGUGCCUUGA